AUGAGUCUUCUCAAGUCCACAUCUCCCGUGGCUCUACGCUCACCACAAUGUUCUUUCCGGAGUGUGACCAAAAGGUGGAACUCGGUAUCACAACGGCCAGGCUCAGAUCGAGUGCGCUUUCCUGGUGCUAUAGACAGCAAGUUUACAUCAAAUCUUGACUUCACCCGUCCUUCGAACAAGAAAGCCAUGCCCACUUAUCGCAUCCUGGAUCAAGAUGGUGUUAUAGUCGACAAGUCAAGGGAACCCUCUGAUAUCUCAAAUGAUCAUCUCAUCAAGAUGUACAAAGACAUGCUAAGCGUGAGCAUCAUGGACCUAAUCAUGUUCGACGCCCAAAGACAAGGCCGCAUCAGUUUCUACAUGGUCUCUGCAGGUGAAGAAGGCAUAGCAGUCGGCUCAACCUCCGCUCUAGACCCCAGCGACCCAAUCUUUGCCCAAUACCGCGAGACCGGGAUCUUCAAGUACCGCGGCUUCACGCCUGCAGACUUUAUGAACCAACUCUAUGCUAACAAGCAUGAUCCUGGUUUGGGUCGCAACAUGCCUGUCCACUACGGAAGCACAAAGUAUCAUGUUCACACUAUCAGUUCACCUUUGGCCACUCAGAUCCCUCAAGCGUCUGGUGCAGCGUAUGCGGUGAAGAUGCAGAACGCUAUGAAUCCUAAAGACACACAACGAUGUGUAGCGUGCUACUUUGGCGAAGGUGCAGCCAGUGAAGGUGACUUCCACGCUGCUCUCAACAUCGCCGCCACCAGGAAGUGUCCCGUCAUUUUUAUCUGCAGAAACAAUGGAUAUGCCAUUUCAACACCCACGCUUGAGCAAUACCGAGGCGACGGCAUUGCUUCCAGAGGCGUAGGUUACGGCAUCGACACCAUCCGCGUCGAUGGCAAUGACAUCCUAGCAGUCAGGGAGGUCACCAAAGAGGCUCGUCGCAUGUGUCUCGAAGGCGGCGGUAAACCCAUCUUGAUCGAAGCAAUGAGUUAUCGCGUCUCGCAUCACAGUACCUCCGACGACAGUUUUGCCUACCGCGCCAAAGUUGAGGUGGAAGAUUGGAAGCGAAGGGACAAUCCCAUCACUCGUCUGCGCAAGUGGAUGGAAGGAAAAGGCAUCUGGGACGAGGAGAAAGAAAAGGAAGCUCGCAGUGUGCUGAAGAAGGAGAUUUUGGCUGCGUUCAAGCAGGCCGAGAAGGAGAAGAGACCGGCUUUGAGGAAUAUGAUGGAAGGUGUCUACGAGGAACUGACUGAGGAACAGAAGGAACAGAUGGAGAAGCUGAGGAGUAUCAUUGAGAAGUAUCCUGAUGAGUACGACGUCAGCGAAUACGAAGGUGGACUCGACAGCCUGAAGAACUAG